UUGACAGUCAGCUGUGACUCACUGCGCACGCGCAGCGCGCUUCUCCUCGAGGGGGGGAAAAGGAAACAGUUGCCGAUCGCUUGGCGCUGCGUGUCGCGUCAUCUCGUGUCAGCCGGCUUGCGUACAUCCCGCGCCCAACAGCCGCCUCGCCGCACAGGCGACUCGUACUGGCGAUCGCAGAGCCGUGAAGGCCGAGCGCGGCGAUGUGCUACGUCAUCAUCACGGCCCGCAGCCUGCUGUGGACGCUGCUCACUCUGGCGGCGACCCUGGCGCUGGUGUCGGCGGUGCUGACCCCCCGGUGGCUCGUCGGCCCGCGGCCCUUCAAGACCUCAGAGAACGGCACGGCGGUGUUCUUCCCGUCGGUGGGCGUGUACAGCCGCUGCGUGCGCCUGCACGGGCGGCAGUCGUGCGGUCCGUUCGCGGCGCGCGGCCUCGCCACCGACCCGCAGGUGUUCCCGCCCUGCUGGAAGGCGGCGCUGGUGUUCCUGGCCGCCGGCCUCGCCGUCAUGGCGCUCACCGUGCUCAGCUCGGUGCUCAGCAGCUGCGUGCAGAGCGUCUGCAGGAAGAGCAUCUUCACGCUGUCGGGCGCCGCGCAGGCCGUCGCCGGUAUAUUCUUCAUCCUGGGCAUCAUGCUGCACCCUGCUGGCUGGGGCUCGCCCCGGGUCCAGAAGCUGUGCGGUUACGAAGCGGCUCCUUUCUACCCUGCAGAGUGCAGCCUAGGCUGGGCCUUCUACAGCGCCGUGGGAGGCGUGGCACUCACGUUCCUGUGCUCGGUGCUGUCCGUGCAGGCGGAGCUGGCCACUUCCAGCGACAAGGUUCAGUUCCAGAUACACCAGGGCCACACGCUCAUCUGCCUGCCCUGAGCCACGCCCCCUCAGCGACGCUGCGUGCCUAACAACAGAGUGUUCCGAGUGCCAUCCUGAAGAGAACUACGAACGCUUGAUCGCAUCUCACACAACUUGAUCUUCUGGUUCUUGUUAGUUUACCCAAAACCUGUGAGAAGGAAACACAGCUUGUAAUGUGUUUAUGUUUAAAAGCCUUAUAAACUCCGUGUUCCACGUGGCCUGUCGUUAGACAGUCUUUUACUAAUUUCACUUUUCUGCGUUAGAUUUUCAUACGUUGGUCACUAAAACAUUUCAUUAAAAUUUCACACAUCAAACACAGUCUUUUAUAAAUUAAUAAGCUACAGCUCAUGAUUACAUUACUAAUCACGCACAGUCAUAUCUGAAAUUUAUGCACACUCCAGGGUCUCCUGAAUUUGUCUGUAAGACUGAGAUUUUUUUAUGUACAGAUUGUUCUGUUUUGCUAUGCUUGAAUACUCACUUUUGAAGAUGAGUUUUCUACAUGAAACCUGUGUCGUAAAAUAUAUAUUUGUAUAAAUGAGUUUUACAACAUGGAAAAAAAAAACUUUUAAGUUAUAAUGUAUUUAUUUCAAUGAAGCACUUUAAACCAAUUUUUGAAUGGUUUGGUUCUCAUUUAAUGCGAUGUUAAAGUAUUUUAGGCAUCUAGACAUUUACAAUUGUUAACCUUACAUUGACUCAAGUUUCAAACUAUGUUAAAACAUACCUGUAAAAUACUUAGACUAAAAGAAAGUGUAAAAAUGGAUUGAUGAUCAACCUUGUGAUGCAUUUUUUUGGUGAAAAAUGACCAAAAAAAUACUCAAUCACAUUUUUAUUUAAAAGUCAUAAAUAAUGUAUAAAUAAAUUUAUAUCAUUCAUAUCAGAUUUACAACAUAUUACAUCUUUGGGAAGUCCACAGUGUAGAGAGAGAGCCACACAAAUCAACAUGUAACUAGGUUGUUAUUGUAAUACUAUUGGCCUUAAAGUUUUGCUAGUGACAAGAGUGGGUUAACAGCAGUGUAUAUUUUCAUUUUUUGAAAGUUUGUAUAGCAAUUUGCUACACAAUCAUUAGGUACAAAUUACAAACGAAGGAGUGGUUGGUUAAAUUUCUACAAUAAAGAUUGUAAUUAUUAACCGUUAUUUCUUUAUUAAUGUUCACAAACGUGAACAAGUGGUACUGUACUUAACUCCAGAUGGUGAUUGAGGCAACCAUGGAUAUCUUUAAGUAAAGCACCUAAACCUUAUCACGACCCAAAUUCACAGAAGCAUCAGCUAGGAACUUCACAAGUUUAUUUUCAAUGUCAGCAAUACCGAAAUUAAUCAAAGACCCUGUAAUAUCACUGAAAAUGCCCUCUACUAUUCCAUGUUCUAAAUCAGCUAUUUUGAGAAAUUUACAUUAUACAUCAGCAUCUUUAUCUACAUAUAUCAGAAAUACAAUUUUUUUCUUCUUUUUCCUCUCUCCAGUUUUUCAAUCACACAUUUGUUCAAUUUUUCUGUCUUCGCCAAUGCACUUGGUAAAUUCUUGGCAUUUUACAACAUUGUUGCACGUACCACCAAGGUCGAAACCAGGAAAGUUUUCAAGAUGAACUAAUAGUUUACAUUUGUUAAAAGCAAUUUGUUCUUUGGCCAACACAUAUGCUAUAUCAAUGAAUUUACAUACACAUGUUUUUGUUUCUUCACAUACAGUAGACAUUUACUUAUCGAUCUGUUAUUUUAAAUCUUUUCUGAUUGAUUUUUGUUUAUUUCUGAAAUUCACAGCAUAUGUAUGCAUGUCGGAUUUAGUGUGUUAAGUGCUUCAAGCUCAAAACCAUGCAACCAUGCAUUCCAACAAUUAAGGAAGAAUUGAAAUUUCAAUAAUGUGGUAGGUUUUUUCAUUGCCCCGACACAAGUCACAGUAUAAAAGCUCAACAUUGUUAUCACUGGAUUCACAUUGUACCAGAUGAAUCAAUCACAUGAAUGUGGCAUGCUACUACAGAAAAUCCAUCAGAUAGCAUAGUCAGACAUGCUCACAUAGAUCAUACAGACGUGACAGCACGAAUCUGGCAUGGCCUUUAAAAUUAUUGACAUUCGACCCUAAACGCUAUCAGACAUCCAUAUUUUUUUGGUUGAAACUAGGAAAAUCAUAUAGAUAACAGAGCUGCGAAUGUGUGAUGUUAGUGCUUAGUCCAAAUUUUAUGAUUUUCAUCAUAGAGUUGAAAUUACUUCUGAAACAGCUUGCUACGUUUUCAUAUUGCAGAUUAUUGCAAUACAUAUUUACAAAAAAAUUACCAAAAUAAAGUGUGUAACAUUUUGUGACUCAAAAUUACAUGUGUCACAGGUAUGUAUAAAUUGUAUUGUAAAUUGCAAUGCGAUACCACUGAAAAAAUAUAUAUGCUGUUUAUAAUUACAAUUAAGGUGUGAUUUUACAGCCCUUAAGUAGGCAUAGCAUAGUGAUCAGAAAACAGAUGUUAGUGAUGGCUGCUUUGUUUUUUCUGAAGUCAUACUAAAACUUUCUUGCAUGCUCUGCUUAGUGCUUUUAAGACACUUGUGUUCUAGAGAAUGACCAUUUUUUAGUUCAUCUGAAACUAAUGUGACUUCUUUAUGUUGAGAUGUAAAUAUUAUAUUUAUUUAUAUGAAGAUGUUAUUUUAUAAAUCAUGCAUCUACUUGGGUAAAACAGAAUACCUACUUUAUAACAAUGCUGAAGAUCUUAGGAAAUGAAAUUAAUAUAAUUAUACAAUUUUAACGUUAUAAUCAUAUAGCACACAUUGGGAAAAAAAUUUAAAGAUUUAAAAAUGAGAUAGACUAUAUAUUUUGAUCAUCAUCAUUUAAAUAUUUUAUAUUUGAGGAUAAAUACAUGUAUGUAUUUUGUGGUGCCAAAUAGUUAUUUUAGCAUUUGCUUUGUGUAUCAUGUGUUACUCAUACUUGUAUGCUUAUUGUGUUGGUAUCAAUUAUCACUUUAUGAUACUCACUGUAUUGACUGCUGCUAAUUUACAAUGUAAAAAAAGACAUUAUUGUGUCUGUCGCAGUGAAAGACUAUAUAAUAUGGCAUGGCCAUUAAAUUGUAUAUAUGUUUUCAGAUAAAAUCUUGAAAACUAA